AUGCUGCAGGGAGCCAAAGACAAAAUGAGUGGACCACUUGUCUCUGGGACCUGCUCAGAUCCGGAGGAGGCUUCCGACCUUAAGUCUCCUCUGAGCUCAAGGUUCAGGGAACCUCUCACCCACGCUCGGUUCCAGGAGCUCUUCGGGGGCGCAGAGCAGGAGCCUGAGCUACCAGCAGAGCCCUGCUUACCCUGGCUGUGCAGGCUGCGGAGGAGGCGAGCCAGCGCUUGUUCUGGGCCGGGAGCGUGGCGCGUGCUGCUAGCACGGCUGCCCCCGCUGCGUUGGCUGCCCCAAUACCGCUGGCGAGCCUGGCUCCUCGGAGAUGCUGUGGCCGGAAUAACAGUGGGCGUUGUGCACGUGCCCCAGGGCAUGGCUUUUGCCCUCCUGACCUCGGUGCCCCCGGUGUUCGGACUCUACACUUCUUUCUUUCCCGUCCUCAUCUACAGUUUGCUGGGCACUGGGAGACAUCUGUCCACUGGAACUUUCGCAGUACUCAGUCUAAUGACUGGCUCUGUUGUCGAGAGGGUGGUGCCCGAACCCCUCGCGGGGAACCUCAGUGGAAUCGAAAGGGAGCAAUGGGAAGCUCGCAGAGUUGGGGCGGCAGCCGCUGUGGCCUUUGGGAGUGGGACACUGAUGCUGGGGAUGUUCGUGCUGCAGCUUGGUGUCCUGUCCACCUUUUUAUCCGAGCCUGUGGUCAAAGCGCUGACCAGCGGUGCCGCGCUGCACGUGCUGGUGUCGCAGCUGCCCAGCCUCUUGGGAUUGUCUCUCCCACGCCAGAUCGGCUGCUUUUCUCUCUUCAAGACGCUGGCUGCGGUGCUCGGCGCGCUGUCCCAGAGCAGUCCUGCAGAACUGACCAUCUCGGCGCUCAGCCUGGCGUUGCUAGUGCCGGUCAAGGAACUAAACGUGCGAUUCCGGGACAGGCUACCCACUCCGAUCCCAGGAGAAGUUGUCAUGGUGCUUCUGGCAACGGUACUGUGCUUCACCUCUUCCCUGGACACAAGAUACAAUGUCCAGGUAGUGGGAUUAUUGCCUGGAGGAUUUCCCCAACCCUUCCUCCCCGCCCUGGAUGAGCUGCCCAGGAUACUGGCUGACUCGCUGUCCAUCUCACUGGUUACUUUUGCUGUGUCCACCUCUCUGGCCUCCAUCUAUGCAGACAAGUACAGCUACACUAUUGACCCAAACCAGGAACUCCUGGCCCACGGUGUCUCCAACCUCAUUUCCUCUCUCUUCUCUUGCUUUCCCAACUCGGCCACACUGGCUACAACCAGCUUAUUAGUGGAUGCUGGUGGGAAUACACAGCUGGCGGGCCUCUUCUCCUGUGCAGUGGUUCUGGCGGUGCUGCUGUGGCUGGGGCCCUUCUUUUACUACCUGCCCCAGGCUGUCCUGGCUUGCAUCAAUAUCUCCAGCAUGCGCCAGAUGUUCUUCCAGAUGCAAGAACUUCCACAGCUAUGGCACAUCAGCCGUGUGGACUUUGCUGUGUGGAUGGUCACCUGGGUGGCUGUCGUGACCCUGAAUGUUGACCUGGGCCUGGCUGUGGGUGUGGUCGUCUCUAUGAUGACAGUGGUCUGCCGAACUCAGAGGGUGCAGUGCCUGCCACUUGGAUUGGCUGAGGGGACAGAGCUCUACAGACCAAUCAGAGAGAGCCGUAAGCUCAUCCAGGUUCCAGGCCUGUGUAUCCUGAGUUAUCCAGCGCCCCUCUACUUUGCAACCCGUGGGCAGUUCCACCGCAUCUUGGAGUGGCAUCUGGGGCUUGAAGAAAGAACUAAGCCAGGUGCUGAGCCCAUCAGAGUGGUGAUCCUAGACUUCAGCGGUAUCGCUUUUGCAGAUGCUGCAGGGGCCAGGGAAGUGGUCCAGCUCACCAGGAGGUGCCAGGACAGUGGGAUCUACCUUCUCCUGGCUCAGUGUAAUGCCUUGGUGCUCGAGACCUUGACCAGGGCGGGACUCCUGGAUAGCAUGACUCCAGAACAACUCUUUGUGAGUGUCCAGGAUGCAGCUGCGCAUGCGCUGGAGAGGCUGAAACCUGCUGGCCCAAAGGUUUGCACAGUGUGGGUCUGACCACGGUCGCUUAGAGUGUGAGAGGCCCCAGCAGUAUGCAUGAGAGGAAGACCAUGGUCCUUGAGCUUCACCUCAAUGCAACGAACAGAAUGAAGCUGAGAAUAUCCGAGGCCCAUGAAGUGGGUCUAGGUGUCUACACGUGGAGCUUUCCAAUCCCCCCACAAGCCCUGCCACACCCAAAGUACCACAGAGACACAAGUAAAAAUGGCUUUCACCGUGUGUUCACCAGCCCCACGGAAUUACAGUCACAGUGCUUUCUGUUGGGGGUAUGUUGGAGCCGGUACACACGGUGCUGGAUCCAGAGCUGGGGUGGGGUGCAUGUCCCUGGGGUUGCAAAUUGGGGUUUUCCCUGCCCACCUUAGGAGGUGAGCAUGUUUCCACUUGAGGGUGUUAGAGUCCUUCUGGGCUCUUUGGCACUUGGCAAGUAAGUCUCCCCAUUUCCUGCCCCAUAGGAAUGGGGUUAGGGGAGGACUUGGCACUGGCUGAGGGGGAGGAUAUGGCUCCAUCAGGCCUCUGGUCACUCACAGAAAGAAAGGAAGGGUGUCACCAGGACAAGCCCCUGUUACGAAUCGGAUUGGUGGAGAGGGUCGGGAAGCCAGGGUGUUCAUCCGUGGCGUGCUCAGGGGUUAGGGGGCAGUUGACGGAAAUUCCUGGUAGGAACAAGGAGGCAGGCCCAGCCUGACAGUGUGAAGGCCCAAAUCAGAUGUCACUCGGCGGUCAUGCACUGUAGCCGGUGUUUGAAGAAGAGUAGGCGAUGUUUGGCCACCUGACUUUGGUCCAGUGAUCCUGGGUAACGGUAACGGGCGUAAGUUUCAGCCCCUGGAUCCUUUGAUGUCCACGGCAGCUUCACCUUCGACGCGUGAUCUACUACAACAUCAGAGCAGGAACCAACACGAAGGGAACCGAGUCCAUCCAGGAAGAAUUCUGGGGCGAGGGUGGAGAGAUCAAUGGUUAAACAAAGUUCCCAAGUGGAGAGAAGGCCAGUUCCUACGCCGAAUUGAAAUACAGGGCUUG